UGGAAGAUGCACGACAGGCCGGAUGUUGAUAUGACAAUUAAAAAAUCCCAUUACUUCCGGCCAAAUGAGGAUUUGUGGCUUGUACACAAAUGCCGUUUUAUUGUCUACAGUAGGGAAUAUUAUAGGGGUUCUCCUGCAACUCUCGUCACUGACCAGCGACGCGUGGGUGGUGCUCAAACGUCAGAAAUGUUACACCGACUGUCCCGUGGGGGGUGAGGAGCAGCGCGAGGUGGUCCGGGCCGGCCUGUGGGGCGUCUGCUACACGUCUGAGGUCGGCUUUAUCGUCAAGAUUGUGGAGGACAGCCCGCCAUACUGUGCCCAGUUUUAUGAUGACGUCAUUCAAGAGACCUGGAUAUUCCUGGCCCAGACCCUGACCAUCUACAGCCUGAUGCUGAGCGGGGUGGGCGUGGUUCUUGUCGCCUACACCAACUUGGUCGGCGCCAGAAAAUGUCGGGCGCUCUCAUUGGUCCUCUUCAUGUCAGCUGGUGCCGCUGGCCUGCUGUCGGCUGUCCUCACCUACCACUCACUGACUAACGACUUCCUGUUUCCUCACCACGAGACCCCAACACUGUCUUUGAUUGGCUGGCCGUUCUACCGAGCUCUUCUUGGUCCAAUCAUCGCAGCCGUAUCUGCGGGGUUUCAGUUUGUCGUCAGGCUACAAAGACCAGUCUACUUGGGAUGGCGGGUUGUUCCAGAACAGUGUUCUCUUGGCUGCGUAAGAUAA